AUGCAAAUUGAGCAUCGGCUCACCCUCGAGAAGAUCAAGGCCGACCACCUGCGCGUUCGCUAUCCUGAUCCGCUGAAAAACAUGACCAGAGAGGUGGGAAUCCUCAAAGUCAAGGAUGACGACGAGCACAAGGUCGAGGCCGCUUUACCGCGGGUGAAUCUUCACCACUACGGAAGCAAGGGGCAUCCGCGACAAUUCGAUAUGGAGAGGGACUACAGGAGUGGCUUCCUAAUGUUCAGCCUGAUACAGAAGAGAUCAGGCAUCCGCGUGUACAAGGAGGGUUGCACGACGGAUAAAACCUUCGGUAUUCUGACGAACAUACACUUCAGCAUGAAAGAUGCGUAG